CAUUGUACAACCAGAAGGCCCAGAUGAAGCGCUUUCUAAAGAGGAGGUCAUCUUGAAGCUGAAAGCAGAGGUGCAGCGUUUGCUGGAUAGCAACUCUGUGAAGCGUCAUCUGGUGUCUCAGUUAAAAAGCGAGCUCAAAAACUCUCAUAAGAAAAUUGAAGAUCUCCAAGUGGAGAAGGAUGAAAAAAGCAUUGAGACUAAAGCAGAUACCUCAGAAAAACCAACUAAUCAGAUACGGCCUGACUCUUCUGACAUGAUUGUCAAAGAUGAAAUACUGCAGCUUAAAAAUGAAAUUCAAGUUUUACAGCAACAAAAUCAGGAACUUAAAGAAACUGAAGAAAAACUGAGAAAUACAAAUCAAGACUUAUGCAAUCAAAUGAGACAAAUGGUACAAGAUUUUGACCGUGAUAAACAAGAAGCUGUUGAUAGGUGUGAGAGGACUUACCAGCAGCACCAUGAAGCCAUGAAAGCCCAGAUACGGGAAAGCCUGUUAGCAAAGCACGCUUUGGAGAAACAGCAACUCUUUGAGGUUUACGAGGCAACUCGCUUACAACUUAGGUCUGACUUAGAUAAGGUGAAUAAGGAGAUGGCGGCUGUGCAGGAAUGUUACCUGGAAGUGUGCCGAGAGAAAGAUAACCUAGAAGCGACUCUCAGGAAGAGCAUGGACAAAGAGCAACAGGCACAGGAGAAGAAGAGACAGCUAUUGGAGGAAAGAGAAGAGUGUGUAAGGAAACUACAGGUGGAACUUGAAGAAAAGUACCAAGAUACCCUUGUGAUGGAAAAAGACAAGUGGCUGAAAGAACACGAAAGUAAUAUUAAACAGCAGGUUGAAAAUGAAGUGAUAUUAGCAAAAGAACACUGGGAUAAGGAACAGAAAGAGAUCAAACAAGAACUGAUUCAACAGCUUGAAAAGGAGUGGCAGUCUAAACUGGAUCAAACUAUAAAGGCAAUGAAAAAGAAGACCUCAGAUUGUUGCAGCCAAACUGACCAAGAAACCACCAUUGAUGUUAUUUCCAAGAAAGAGAUGGCAAUCAUGAUAGAAGAAAAGAAGCAAAAGAUCCAGCAAAAUUUAGAGCAAGAGAAGGAAACAGCCAUCAAGGGGAAUUUGAAGAAACUUGAGUUUGAACAGGAACUCAAAUAUUAUGAAAAUAUUGCCAAACAGGUAGAAGCAGCUGUGCAGAAUGCUCGUCAUCGGUGGCUGGAAGAACUGCCAGAGCUCGCAGAAUAUAAAGCACUUAUAAGAGCAGAACAGAAGAAGUGGGAGGAGCUGCAGGAGCAGUCAGUGGCCAAACGGAUAUUGUUUGCUGUUUCUGAAGCUAAAGAGAAAUGGAAAAGCGAGGUUGCAAAUAUGAAGAAAAAUGUCACACCUGGAAAGGAAAUGGAAGAGAAGAUUCAUUCUCUGCAGAGAGAGCUUGAGUUAAAGAAUGAGGAACUCCCCGUGGUUGUCAGGGCUGAGCUGGCAAAGGCCCGAAGUGAGUGGAACAAAGAAAAGCAAGACGAAAUCCACAGAAUUCAAGAACAAAAUGAGCAAGAUUACCGGCAAUUUUUAGAUGACCAUCGAAAUAAAAUUAAUGAGGUGCUUGCUGCAGCUAAGGAAGACUUUUUGAAGCAAAAAGCUGAACUACUUCUUCAGAAGGAGACAGAAUUACAGACGUGUCUAGACCAGAGCCGCAGAGAAUGGACUAUGCAGGAAACCAGGCGGAUCCAACUGGAAAUCCAUCAGCAUGAGGAAGACAUCCUAACUGUCUUGGAGUUUCUCUUAAAGGACACCCUGAAGGAGCAAGCCAGUGGUUCAGAGAGUAAGCCCCCUUUGGAACUCUUGUCAACUUGUUCUUCGAAAUGGAUGUCUGUGCAAUGUUUUGAAAAACUAAAGGCCUGCAUACAGAAAGCAUUUCAAGAUAUACUCUCCUUACUGAUAGAAACUAUCGACUCAGACUGGGGGAAGAGAAUUAUGACCAAGAUCUAUAAGGAUCCUGCCACGGGCAGAGGAGACCCUGGAGUCCAGGCGAUGCUUCCUGUGCCUACGUCUGGACACCAUGCUCUGCCUUUGGCGGCUGUACACGAAGCAGAAGCUGAUAAGAAAAAGAUCCUUGAAAUUAAAGAUUCAUGCUGUGGACACUGCUUCCAAGAACUUGAAAAUGCAAAGCAGGAAUGUCAAGAUCUGAAAAGAAAACUGGAGAAAUGCUGUAGGCAUCUUCAGCAUUUAGAAAGGAAGCACAGAGCUGUAGUGGAAAAAAUUGGAGAAGAGAAUACUAAAGUUGUUGAAGAAUUAAUAGAAGAAAACAAUGACAUGAAGAAUAAAUUAGAAGAACUGAGAACGCUUUGUAAAACACUACCACCGAGGUCACUGUCAGAAGGAGCUAUUGAAAAUGCCUGCCUGCCAUGCAAUGAGGUGGCCUUGGAAGAACUUCGCGGGCAAUACAUUAAAGCUGUAAAAAAGAUUAAGCGUGAUAUGCUUCGUUAUAUUCAGGAGAGUAAGGAAAGAGCUGCAGAAAUGGUAAAAGCAGAGGUAUUGCGAGAACGUCAAGAAACCGCCCGAAAGAUGCGCAAAUAUUAUUUGAUUUGCCUCCAGCAGAUUUUGCAGGAUGAUGGGAAGGAGGAAGGGGCUGAGAAGAAGAUCAUCAGUGCUGCUAGCAAGCUUGCUAUGAUGGCAAAAUUGCUGGAAACACCUAUUUCUAAUAGAUCCCAGAGCAAAACUACACAGUCAGGAGUAUUGCCUCUGACUUCAGAGAGGCUGACUGGAGUUGAAAAAUUAAAAAGAAAUGAUGUGAAUCAGAAUAUACCGUGUCACACGGAAAGCAAAUCAAACAGUCUAAAAACUGUCCCCAGAAGUAUGUGCGACCAAGUUCCUAAGAGGAGGGCUGCCUGUAACCUGCGAAGGCAGUUAGAGGAUGAAGAGCAUGGGGACGGGAAGCCCAAGUGUCCCAGAGAGUCGCACCUGGACUUUCAGUUCAGGGGUAACAGUCACAAACAUGUAGACCUUUUGCCAAGGAGUGUUUCUCCUGAGUUUGUGCCUUGCAAAGAUAAAGGAAGCUUAGGUUUACACAAGAAGGAAGACCUCCUUGGUGAUCCUGGCUCCGAAUCACUCCAGCUCUCAAACGCACACCCAUUCCUUGGAACCUUCGGAAAUAAAACUUCAUCUAGAUAUACCCCUGAUCUUUCUGAGUCUGAAUCCACACACAUUACUUUUCGAAGUCCUAAUGAGAGACUUGGUUUAAAAGUAUAUAAAUGUAAUCCACUAAUGGAAAGUGAAAACGCUGCAUCCGAGAAAAGUCCAAGUUUGGUUGUGAAGGAAAUUCCCGUAGAGGAUGGAGGGGACCUGAGUGAGCCUUCAGGCUGGCGUUCCAGCACGGCCGCUCUACCCUGUAGCAGUCCUGAAGUGUCAUUUUUGCAUGGUGGGCCGCAAGACACCCUGGAUUCGCUUGUUGAAUCUGUGAAUUUCAAACCGUUUUCAGCAGCCAGCUGUCUUUCAGACUCAGAGAAAAACAUGAUUCAUCAGCCUACGAAAUGUCAGAGUGGUCAUGCUCAAGACCUGUCAGAAGAAAUCACAUAUUCCCAGCCAGGGAAGAGCAGCAUGACUCUUGGACACCCACCUCAUCAUAAAGCUGAUACAUUAAAGUCAGAAUUCAAAGAACUGAGCAGUAUAGUACCACCUGCCAUGUGUCCGCUGCCUUCGAGAAAAUUAAUUGCUCCUCUGUCUAGCCAGCAAGAUAGUGGCUUCGAUAGCCCAUUUGUCAAUCUAGACUAAUUGUUGUACAAUAUCUAAGAAGAAUCAUUAAUAUAUUGACAAGAAAACUGAAGGGAAGACUUGAAACUGAAAUAUUUGUGGGCCCUACAUAUUUUGAGAUGUUUUGGUAACAUCUGACUAUCAUAUAAGUAAAGUAUUCUCAUAAAAUUACUUGAGAUAUUAAUGUUGCCUUCAUCUUCCAAAGACUUUGGUGGUGUGUGUGUAAUCUGCUUUUGGUGUGGUGCUUGUAUUUGGUUGCUAAACCAUCUAUUUUUAUUCUUAUAAAUUAGCUUUCUGUGCAGUUUUAAAUUAUUUAAAUAAACUUGCAUAUGGUC